CGAACGCAAGCGCUAAAUCACGCAACGAGUGUGCAUUUGCGGCACAGUCAUCAAACGGGUCUUCGCACGAAUCGUCCCCACUUUAUCUACACUUGAGGUCGCGCAUAAUUUGGGAGACCAAACGAGCGUGGAAGACGCCUCACUGUAGCUACACAGGUCACCAACUCCGUCGCGAAUACGACAUUGACCGGAAGCUUUUGGUACACAAUGAGCGAGGACGAGUUUCUGAGCAGUGGAUUUGAUUGGUUCGUGUUGGAGAAAUGGGAUCGCAGUGACUUAAUCCAGCCGAGUGACGAGCGGAGAGUAUUGCACAUUAAGCUUGGAAAGGCGUACGCGGCUUUAGGCCACAUCGGACGCAGGCCUUAUGUGAUCCGAGCGAGGAAGUGGAUGGAUGGACAGAUCCCUUCAUUGCCCCGAGAUCUCGCGGAAGUCCCGACGGACCUUCUCACCCCGACUGAGCGCGAAUGGAACUCUAGCUCCAUGAUGUCAGACCCCGUAUGGGUACGGACCGCCUACGGCGCAGGCACUGAUGCGCGCUGGCAGGAGCUGCUCGAUGGCUUGGGAAUGCGCCCCAUCGAUUGCGGCGGGCACGUUGCCAAUGAUGCACAGCGCUACGACCUCCCUGAUGAGAAGGCGCUGUUCGCCUUCUUUCCGUUCCUGCUAUCAGCCACAGGUGGAGCUUAUGAGGACGAAGACGUGCCCGACAAUGAUCCCGAGCUCCAAGAUACUUUAUAUUUGACAGAGUUCAAAGAGACCUCGUCCGAGGAACAUCGGCUGACCUGCAACCAGCAGUAUGUCUUCGUAGCAAACGACCAAGCAUUCCGUUCGGGAUUCGUGGAGUGGUGGAUGGUGGACGAGUUUGGGAAUGCACUCUUCCGAGAGCGCAUACAGCCCUGGAGCCUACAUGACGUAAUCGCAACCAAAAUUUACCGAAGUCCCGAAGAGUCCAGAAGGGCCGUGGCGGACGGGUGUUACGGAGAUGAUCCGAAAUACAGCGACACGGUGGUUGGCCCGUGGGAGCCUCCUACUCAGGACAACGCAAUUGUGAUAGAGUACGAUACGUAGUUUGUGGGAUAGCCUCGACGCACCAUAAUACAGUAAUUUACUACUUAACGAC